GUUUGAAUACCCCGUUUUUCCGCUCUUUGAGAGCGAUCUCGUUUAUUUUGUAUUUAUUGAUAGUAAUUUAGUUGCUCAUUGGACGCCAUGUCGAAUCCUGUGGCGGAAUCAGCGCAGUACUUUGCGCAAAAAGAAAAGCAAGCCAAUGGUGCUACUCCAUGGUCGGACAAGACUUCAGAAAACGUGGACAAUGACGACAAGCCAACUCCCGUGGAAGCGUCACACACUCGACGCUGCGCAUCGCUUCACAAACAACCAUCUCGACAAUCGAAUCGUCGACGAAGCAUGUCUUUCCAUUCCUCUUCCUCAUCGCGUAACAGCGACAAUUUCGAACCACGAGAAAAGUGGCAUAAAGUAUUCGACAAAUUGGCCGCCAUUGGCACUAUACCCGACGGCGGCCAGCGAGCUUCUUUUCAACGUCAUCGUAUGGAUAGCCAUCAUAAAAGAGAUAGCCAAUCGGAUGAUAGCAAUGAUCAUGAUGAAACUUAUGAACUGUCUCACACGUUUCGCCAUCGACACGGCCAUCGACAGGGCCACCCACAGGUCGACCCAGAAGAUGAUGUGUUACCGGCGCCGGACGAGAUAGAAGAUCGAUCCCUUUUGCGCAGUGAACAAGACGAUCGUUCCGCCGAAGAACACAACUAUUUUGCCCAUCCUUACAAAGAAAAGGACCGUGUAGGUGCCAAACCUGCUACGACGAAAGAGGCCGCUGCCCCCUCUGUACCAACAGAACAAGAAGGGACCCCCACCUCACCUACCUCCGCUAUCUCACCCACUAGCGAUCAACAAGCACGUACACAAUGGGAUAAAACGUUGGACAAGGUGCGACUAAUUGCUGGGAUCCAGACGGCUCAACGUCCUAUGAAACCGGUUGUCACCGACGAUACCACCUCUCUCGCACCUUACUUUCAUCCUGUAUUCGACCCGCCUUUUCUUGCCCUUUCCAAAGACGAACACGGCCGAAAAUUGCUCGAUAUCACGGAUUCCGAGUUAUUAACGCAGGGCAUCAAUCAGUGGAUAUUCCGUAUUGAGUUACAGUACGGUGACAUCAAAUGGGUCAUCCGCAAGACCAUUGCUGAUUUCGUCGGCUUACAUUACACGUUGAAAUUCAAAUCCAAUUUAUCAGAUUAUGUUCCUGCGCCUCCGCCUUUUCCCAGUCAACUGUCCAAUUGGAUCAAUUCUGCCAAAGAUACCCUACGCUUGGAUCGUGACGAUGAAAGUAUCACCGAGAAGGAAAGGAAAGAACAAGCGCUAAAUCGGCGGAAAGCACUGACCCAGUAUCUGCGUGAACUACUACGACGAGCCCACAUGCUUCUCAGUUACGAUCUGUGCGAAUUUCUUGAAAUUUCCGCCAUCAGUAUUGUGCAAGAUAUGGGAUGGAAGGGUAAAGAAGGUUAUUUGGAUAAUCGUGUCAAUUUCGUGUCACAGCGGCUCUGUAACAUGUUGAAACCGCAUCGAUGGACCAAGGAGUGGGUGAUUCUUCGUGAUUCGUACAUUGCAUUUUGUUCCGACAUUGCGUCGCAAUCGCCCACUGAUGUAUUUAUCCUCGAUAAAAAUUUUACCGUGACCGAUCGUACCCCCGGUUUGCUUGGAAAAUAUCAUCAUCAUAUCCGCUUGGCCAACAAAUUUCGUCGUAUUGAAAUCAAGGGCAGUAAACGGCAAGUGGAAGAAUGGAUGGAAGGCAUCCUCAAAGUGCAACAGGAAAGUCCGUGGUGCAAGAACCAUCGGUUUGGGUCGUUUGCGCCCAUUCGUAAUCAUGCCAAGGUGAAAUGGUUCGUCGAUGGGGAAGACCAUUUUAACGCGGUGGCUGAAGCAAUAUUGUCUGCCAAAUCAGAAAUCUAUAUUGCCGAUUGGUGGCUGUCUCCAGAACUGUACCUCCGUCGACCUCCAGAGAAGAAUGAAGAAUUCCGUAUUGAUCGAUUACUGCAACGCAAAGCACAAGAAGGCGUCAUGGUCUAUAUCAUUGUUUACAAAGAAAUGUCCGUCGCAUUGACCAUCAAUUCCGCUCACACCAAACAAUGGCUACAAAAUCUGCAUCCCAAUAUCAUUGUUCAACGACAUCCGGAUCAUCGUUCCAUUGACAAUACGGUGCUCUUCUGGUCACACCAUGAAAAAAUGGUGAUCGUCGACAAUCGUCUAGCUUUCAUUGGUGGAUUGGAUCUCUGCUGGGGCCGUUAUGACAGUCACGCCCAUCGAUUAGCCGAUCACCCCGCCCAGGGCCACAAGUACACGGUGUGGCCUGGUCAAGAUUACUCCAAUCCUCGCGUCAAAGAUUUCUUAAAUGUCGUACGUCAUGAUUUGACAUUGGUAGAACGCCAAAUUACGCCAAGGAUGCCGUGGCACGAUAUGACCAUUGGUGUGGUGGGACCGAUUGCACGUGAUAUUGCGCGUCAUUUUGUACAGCGAUGGAAUUUCUUGAAAGCAAGCAAAGGCAUGCAUCGUUCACGUAUGCCGUUCCUGAUGCCAAAGGGCGAAUACGUCGCCGCCCGUGAUGAAACCAAGUUCAAAGGGUCUUGUCGAGUCCAGCUUCUUCGCAGUUCAGCUCAAUGGAGUUCCGGCAUUGCACGCGAACACUCAAUUUACAAUGCGUAUAUGGAAUGUAUCAGCAAAGCCAAACAUUUUGUUUACAUCGAAAACCAGUUCUUCAUCAGUACCACUACGCAAGAUAAGCUUUUACGCAAUCGAAUUAGUCAAGCGAUGGUGGAGCGAAUCAAACGUGCCCACGAAAAAGGCGAAAAGUUCAAGAUUUUCAUCCUCAUCCCUCUUAUUCCUGCCUUUGAAGGCGAUCUGGCCUCCAGCGACGCCUCGGCUGCUCGCAAUGUGAUGCAUUUCCAGUAUAUUUCCAUUUCACGAGGCGGCAACUCGAUCAUGGAGAAACUCAGGGAAGCGGGUAUUGAUCCGACGGACUACAUUGGGUGGUAUUGUUUACGCAAUUGGGAUAAAAUCAUACCCCGAGAUGAACAUAUCCGUACGAAGAAACCGUCGCACCCAGGAUCAAAGACAGAUAGUGGAACCGUGUUCCCCGACAGUGAUCAGGCAUCCUUGGGUGGUAAUACAGCUGAGCAAGACUAUCCUCCUGAUUCCGCAGAGGAAAAGAAGGUAGUCGAAAGCGGCAGUCCUUUUGAGACGUCCAAUGAUGCCGAAGAUGAUCGUCGUCACUACGUGAGUGAAUUGGUGUACAUCCAUGACAAGCUCAUGAUUAUCGACGAUCGUAUCGUCCUGGUCGGUUCAGCCAAUAUCAAUGAUCGGUAAUUCACAAUUGGGUAAUCGAGACUCUGAAGUGGCGAUGCUCAUUGAAGAUACAGAAAUGGUGAAUUCAUAUAUGGACGGCAAAGAGUACAAAGCGGCCAAAUUCGCACUGAGUUUACGAUUGCAACUGUGGAAGGAGCACCUUGGGCUUUUGGAUUUCAA